AUGAUGCACGGUGACAGCGACAUUCAAACGAAUGGCGAGAACGACAAUGCUAUAGCCUCCGCUGCUUGCGCAAUUCAUCAUCAUUUUCAAAUUCAAUCUCUUCCUCCAAAUUUGAAUCAAUUUAAUUCGUCUGUGUACUCGCCUCGCGGACCAACCACCGCUCAUUUGUUAAAACAUGGGGAAGAAGAAAGUGAUCAUGAGAAAAUUGAAGCGCCACAUUUGACUGGAUUCUGGCUCAAGUUGUUUCUAAAAUUACUUGAAGCACCGCUGGUUGGCUCUUUGAUUAUAUCUUACUUGAAGAAGGAGAAUAAAAUGGUUGAGAUUUUGAAGAAUACUGUAAUACCAGAGGCUCCCAUGUUUAAACCUGAGUUCCCUCCUCAAGAACCAGAGACUGGCGUUGUUCUUUUGGAAGAAGGUGGAAAACCUAUAGAGAGAGUUGAACUAGCCUUGAAGUGCCUUCCAGAUUAUGACCCCGCUAACAAUUGGAGUUCUGAUACUUGUGCAUCUUUCUGCUAUUGGAAGAUUCGUGAUUAUGCACAUGCUUACAGAUCUAAGCUCACCACCCCAUCUAUAGUUGCAGAGCGCUUCAUCUCAGCAAUUGAUGUUUUCAACAAUAAGAUGCCCCCGGCACCACUGCUGAUUUCUUGUGACCCUGAGCAUAUAAGAAAGCAAGCUGCAGUUUCCACACAAAGGUUUGAAGAAGGAAAACCAUUAUCAAUUUUGGAUGGGAUUUUUGUGGCAAUUAAGGAUGAUAUCGAUUGCUAUCCUCAUCCCUCAAAAGGUGGAACAACCUUCUUUCACGAGAUUCGUCCUGUUGAGGAGGAUGCAGUUUCUGUGUCAAGAUUACGUAGUUGUGGUGUGAUAUUAGUAGGAAAGGCAAAUAUGCAUGAAUUGGGACUAGGCACGACAGGAAAUAAUCCGAAUUAUGGGACAGCAAGAAAUCCACAUGAUCCUAAACGAUAUACAGGUGGAUCUUCAUCAGGCCCCGCUGCAAUUGUAUCUUCUGGACUGUGUUCAGCUGCAUUAGGAACAGAUGGUGGAGGUUCCAUUCGUAUUCCAUCCUCCCUAUGUGGUGUAGUGGGCUUGAAAUCAACAUAUGGACGGACUGAUAUGACAGGAUCUCUAUGUGAUUCAGGGACUGUAGAGAUUAUUGGAGCUAUCACAUCAACUGUUGAAGAUGCAAUCCUGGUGUAUGCAGCAAUUUUGGGAUCCUCUAUUGAUGAUACAAUCGCUUUGAAACCAUCCCUCCCUUGUCUGCCCGAUUUAUCUUCACAUGACAGUUCAAGCACUCUGGAAUCAAUUCGAUUAGGGAAGUACACAGAGUGGUUUAAUGAUGUAUUCUCAACUGAUAUUUCUGAGAAGUGUGAGGAUGUUCUCAAUCAUUUGUCAGAAACAUAUGGGUGCAAAACAGUGGAGAUCGUUAUACCAGAGCUUCGUGAGAUGCGCACAGCUCACCUAGUUUCAAUUGGUUCUGAAUCGCUAUCUGGACUGAAUCCUGAAGUUGAAGAUGGAAAUGCGGAGAAGUUUACAUGUGACACGCGGACAAAUCUAGCACUUUUUCGUUCAUUCACUGCAUCAGACUAUGUUUCUGCUCAAUGCCUUAGGAGAAGGAUAAUGUACUUCCAUAUGGAGAUUUUUAAGAAUGUGGAUGUCAUUGUCACUCCUACCACUGGCAUGACAGCUCCGCUAAUACCUUCAAAUGCCCUUAAAUCAGGGGAGACAGAUUUGCAAGUUACAGGAAAUCUAAUGCGAUUCAUUGUGACUGCAAAUCUUCUUGGACUUCCUGCGAUCUCUGUCCCGGUUGGAUACGAUAAGCAAGGACUACCUAUCGGCUUACAACUCAUAGGCCGUCCAUGGUGUGAAGCUACAAUAUUACAUUUGGCUGCUGCCAUUGAGGAACAAUGCGCAUCACCAAAGAAAAAGCCAUUGCAAUUUUAUGACAUCUUGAAAGGAUGUGUUGGGGCAUCCCAACAUGAUGAAAAUUUGGUGUCAAUAACUCUAUUACAUAAAUCCAGUUUCUUUUUCAAUCAUUCCAAAAGUGUGCUCACAUUAUGUUAA